AUGAAASUUGAAGGUUUAGAAGAAAAUGCAGUGGUCAUUUCUGGAGUAUCAGGAAAAUUUCCAAAAAGUGAGAAUAUCAAUGAUUUAAAGACAAAUCUAAUAAAUGGAGAAGAUUGCGUUUCCUCAGAUCAUACAAGAUGGAAAUUAGAUGAUUCGCCUAAAAUACCAUUGCGUUUAGGAACAAUUUCUAAUUUAACGAAAUUCGAUAACUAUUUUUUUGGAAUUAAUUCAAUACAGGCAAAAUUUAUGGCGCCAGAAAUAAGAAUUGCAAUGGAAGUUACGUUUGAAGCGAUCAUUGAUGCCGGAAUAAAUCCUGUAGAGUUACGGAACAAGAAAACCAAUGUUUACGGGGUAUUGAGUUUAUAUGAGUCAGAUAGUUAUCUCUUGAAUGAUAAAACUCAGAUGGAUAUAGUCUACUAG